ACACUUGUAAAAAGGAAGCAUAAGCAGGCAAAAGACAAAGACUUUUUACAAGGUAUUGCACAGAAUACCGUGCAAUGCGAGUCAACUUUGUCAAAUGAGUCAAAUAACAAGCAAAAGGUUUUCGGUAUUAUAACCGAUGCCGAAAAAUG